UAAGGAAACAAUAAUGUCCUGCAAACCAUUGAAACCACAAGAAUAUUCUAAACCAAUAACAACCACCUGCAAACUAAGUAAAGAGUGAGGUUGAGCAAUUUCAGUUUCAUAUUAUGGAUACUAAUCAACUGAUUCAACCACUGAAUUGCCCCAGUUCAUCACUGCAAUCAACACCAUCCAUGACCAGGGACGUGCAGUGGUUGUUUAAGGUGUCCAUCUACACCUUCCUCCUCGUCGCCGGCCUGGUAGCCGGCACCUUACUUAAUCGUUUUCUACUAUGAUCAAGGUGGUAAUAGCAUGUGGUUGCAAACUCUCACUAACGGUGCAGGCUUUCCCAUUCUCUACCUCCCUCUUCUCCUCAGCAACCAAUCAACAUCCAUAGCUGCUGCUAAGCCUCUUCCAAUUGCCAAGCUUGCUGUCAUUUAUGCCGUUUUCGGUAUCACGGCUGCUCUUGCCAACCUCAUGUACUCUUAUGGUCUUCUCUAUCUCCCUGUCUCAACAUUUUCAUUGUUAUCUGCCACACAGCUUGGUUUCAAUGCCAUCUUUUCCUAUUUCAUCAACUCAGAGAAGUUCACUUAUCUUACAUUCAACUCUAUAGUCCUCCUUACCUUCUCUGCCACAAUCAUUGGAUUUCAGAAUAAAGUUGAUGACUAUUCAGAGACAUUUGGAGGGAAGUAUUUGCUUGGCUUCAUACUGACAAUAGCAGCAGCAGCAAGUUUUUCACUUAUCCUCUCUUUAGAUGCAGCUCAGCUUUGACAAAUUCAUCAAACGCCGAGAACUUUCAUUAGUAUUAAAACUGCAGAUUUAUACUGCAGGAUCAUCCACAGCUGCAGCCACAAUUGGGCUCUUUGCUUCAGGGGAAUGGAGAGGCUUGAAAGGGGAGAUGGAUGGGUUCAAGAAAGGGAGGUUGUCCUAUGUGAUAACAUUGGUUAUGACUGCAAUAUGCUGGCAGGCUAACAUUGUUUCAGCUGUUGCACUCGUCUACGAGGUGUCAUCUCUCUUCUCCAAUGUCAUCUACUCCCUUGGAACACCAAUUGUGCCAGUGUUUGCUGUGUUCUUAUUCCAUGAUAACAUGAAUGGGAUCAAAGUGAUGUCCCUGUUUAUGGCUUUGUGGGGCUUUUCUUCAUAUUUCUAUCAGCAUUACCUUGAGUACAAGCUAGAGAAAAGAGAAAAGAUCGGUGUUGGGGAGCCCAUGGUGGCUUAAUAAUGUUUUUUACUUUUUUUUUAAUGAAGAUUAUGAGGGGUUUAAAAUA